AUGGAUGCACUACAUCUUCUCCUCAUCUUUGCCUUCUUCCACGACUGUUACCAUCUCCAAAUUUGGUUUCACCGAAGAGCUCCGAAAAGAGUCCGAUACAUGUCACUGUCUCCACCACCACCCAUUCCUUCUUUGAGGGCAUCCUCACUAGGGCUGGCAACCGGAUCAGGUCGGGUCGGGUUCAGACAAAACCGGCUUUGGUUCGAUGAUGGUUUCGGAACCGCCGGUGUGAAACCGGAAAACCGGUUUCGGUUCGACGACGCGUGUUUGAAAUCGGCGAACCGGCGUUUCCAAUGGCCCAUACACCAAGAGUUAGAGAUAGGUGUAGUCGAGAGAGAGAAAGGGGAGACCGAGAUGGGAGAAGGAAAGGAGCCGAGAGAAGGAUUCCGAGCGAAGUCACCGACUGCCGCCGCUGGAUAUCCGGUCACUGCUGUGUCGUCACAAGUUGUUGCCAUUGCCGAAUUCGUCCUCUAUCGUUUGCUGGUGGCGAAGCCGCCGCCGACUGCCGCUGUCCGGGUCUGCUCAUCGGAGCUUCCAGACGAGCCGGCGCCAGAGGACAUUGCGUAUUGGAAGACGGGAGAAGACGCGGCAUUGGCGGUGAAUCAUGGCGGCGAUGGAGAAUUGCCGCUACAAUUUGUGUCGGAGCACUAUUUGGCUUCAUUUUUGUUAUCGUCUUCUUACAUCCUAACGGAUAUAAAAAUUUAUUUGAUACAUCGUUUGCGGCGAGUUAUAACAAGUUCAUCAUGCAACACUUCCAAACAUCUCAAAAGGUUACAAUCAGAGUUUAUUGUAGUUUCAAAUGAAAACACAAAUUUACAAAACCAGAUCAAAAAACUCAAAAACAACCUUCAUCAAGAAAAGAUAAGGAAGAACAUUGCUCAAAAAGAGCCCCUCAAGGCGUCGCCGACGAACCCGACGGUUGCGCCGGACGAGUCCGUGAACCCGAGACUUGCCAAAUUGCUCGAGGUGGUCGCACCAAAUCACGAGCUAAUACUCGUUUUGGCAAACUCCAACGACUACAUAUUCAAUGCAUUGCGCAUUUGGUUGUCGAGUGUCCAAAGACUCGGGAUUGGCAAUUACCUCAUAUUCGCCCUGGAUGACAAUAUCGUCCGAUUUUGUCAGAACAGCAAUCUCCCGGUGUACAGACCCGCUCCGGGCGACGACAACUUUCAAACUCUUGCCAUAUCAGAAAACAGUCAUAUUGUCUCAGGAUUGAAGUUUCGUGUUCUGCGAGAGUUCUUACUGAUGGGAUACGGUGUAGUCUUAUCUGAUGUAGAUAUAGUUUUCUUACAAAAUCCACUAAACUAUCUACAUCGGGAUUCAGAUAUAGAGGUUAUGACAGAUGGAUAUGACAACAAGACUGCGUACGGGCACGAUGAUGCUUUUUACGAUGAUCCCGAGGUGGGGUGGGGCCGAGAUGCGCAUACAAUAAGGUUAUGGGCCCACAAUUCGGGAUUUUUUUACAUCCGUCCGACGCUCCCGGCUAUAGAACUUUUGGAUCGGGUGGCGGCUAGACUAGCCCGGGAAAAUAAUGCUUGGGACCAGGCCGUGUUCAAUCAAGAGCUUUUUAUCCCGUCGUAUCCAGGAUAUGGUGGGCUCCAUGCUUCGAGAAGAGUGAUGGAUUACUUGCUUUUUAUGAAUAGCAAAGUACUGUUUAAGAUUGUUCGAAAAAAUAUUGAACUUCGAAAAAUUAAGCCCGUAAUCGUUCAUAUUAAUUAUCAUACAGAAAAGUAUGAACGAAUGAAGGCUGUUUUCGAUUAUUACAUCUUUGGGAAGCAAAAUGCGCUUGAUUCUUUCCCCGAUGGCUCGUGGCCAUAUGAAGAAACAUCUUAG